AUGAGUCUUGAACGAGAUGAAUCAGAAGAGCGACAGGAUAGCAGAUCGCCACGGCAAGGCGAAUAUUUCGUUAGAUUGUACGGCCUGUCGUCUUCAGCAAGCAAAGAGGAUGUUAAAAAAUUCCUUUCUCCCUGUCACGUAACGGUCGUUCAUCUAUUUGAUGUAAAUCACAAUAACAUAUCGUCGCACGAAUGUUUGGUCGAAUUAGAAUUCGAAAGUGAUGUUAAAGACGCUCUGAAACGAUCGGGUGAAUGUAUUGAUCGAAAAGAAAUCGAAGUUCGAUCGGCAACUAUCCAUGAAUACAAUGUUUGCACGAAAUACAAAGGUUCGGUAUCUUGGCAUGAACCUGUUGUUCGUAUGAGCGGUCUUCCAAUUAGUUGUACGAUGGGUAACGUUCAGAAUUUCUUCAAAAACAUUGAAAUAGCAAGAAAUGGUAUUUACAUAACGCGUGAUAUGGCUGAUCAAGCAUUGGGCAAUGGAUUUGUUGCUUUUGUUAACAUGGACAGCGCCUACAAAGCAAUUGACAUGCAUGGUCAAAAAUGUAUUGAAGACAGGUGCAUCGAAUUGUUUCCAUCGACGUACGAUGAGGCGAGACUUCGCAUUAUGAGCGAUGCUCGUAUUAACGCUAAACAGUUUGUCGGUGAUGAUGAUGUUGACAAAGAUAUGAAAGUAGAAACCAAUAACCAUGUUGAUAAACGUCAUUCAAGAAGUCGCAGUCGACAACGUUCGCGAUCGACAAGUCGAGGAAAUUAUCGCCAACGGGACGAAAAACGGCGUCGUUCACCUUCAGCUUCGCCUUCAUUACGUUCACGUCAUGCACCAAGAAGUGGUAAUCAACGAUCGUAUAAUAGCAACAGCAAUCAUCGUUAUCGCCGUAGUCGAAGUCGUAGUCCAGCCCGUCGUUCAUCGUCUCGUAACGAAGAAUUCGUUGUGAAAAUUCGUGGAAUGCCUUAUACUGUUGUUGAGGAAGAUGUUCUCAAAUUCUUUCCAUCAACAUGUCGACCAUCGCGAGUUGAGAUCGUUCAAGACCGUCGUAUGAAACGACCCAACGGAGAUGGGUAUGUAUACUUCAAUACAAUCGAAGAAGUCGACGAAGCAAUGAAAUGUGAUCGGAAAUAUAUGGGAAGUCGUUAUGUUGAACUUUAUUUUGAUUCACCACGCUAUGCAACGCUAACCAACCGCCGAAAGAAACCUGACGGAAAUCCUCGUCGUUCAUCUCGUUCGCCGUCGAGAUCAAGAUACAACCGGCGUAGUCGCUCGAGAAGUGAUUCAAUGGAUUAG